GGUUGUGUAUUACAUAAUCGAACGUGAUGGAAUCCGAUUGACUUUAAACUUGUCCCGCAAACUCCAAAACUACAGUCAUGUCCAUGCACAUAUUCGGUCACGAGGCAACCGAGGAAAAAGCCGAAAAUGCUCGUCUAUCCUCCUUCGUCGGCGCCCUCGCCCUCGGCGAUCUCGUAAAAUCAACGCUCGGGCCAAAGGGCAUGAACAAGAUUCUGCAGUCGGGAUCCUCGGGAGACAUCAACGUGACCAACGACGGUGCGACGAUUCUCAAGUCCAUCCAGCUCGAUAACGCAGCAGCCAAGAUCCUCGUUAACAUCUCAAAAGUCCAAGACGACGAAGUGGGAGACGGGACUACGAGCGUGUGCGUGUUGGCGGCGGAGCUGCUGAGGGAAGCGGAGAGGUUGAUUUCUGUAAAGAUACAUCCUCAGACGAUCGUAGAGGGAUAUCGGCUUGCGAGCGUCGCUGCGCUUGCUGCACUUGAGAAAGCAGCUGUUGAUCACGCUUCUGAUGCUGCUCGGUUUCGUCAGGAUCUUUUUAAUAUUGCUCGUACGACCCUGUCAUCAAAGGUCUUGUCACAAGACAAAGAUUACUUUGCCAACCUGGCAGUGGAUGCUGUGCUUCGAUUGAAGGGUUCAACGGAUUUGGAGCACAUCCAGAUCAUCAAGAAGGUCGGAGGCAAACUCACAGACUCAUACCUUGACGAAGGUUUCAUUCUCGACAAAAGCAUUGCUGUGAACUCGCCCAAACGGAUGGAGAAUGCGAAAAUUUUAAUCGCAAACACUUCAAUGGACACUGAUAAGAUCAAGAUCUUUGGAGCCAGAGUAAAAGUGGACUCGACAGGAAAACUUGCUGAGCUCGAGCGGGCUGAACGGGAAAAAAUGAAAGCCAAAGUAGACGCGAUCGCCGCACAUGGCAUUAAUUGCUUUGUUAACCGACAGCUCAUCUACAAUUACCCCGAGUCUCUGUUGGCAGAGAAAGGUAUUGUGGUGAUUGAACACGCCGACUUUGAGGGUGUUGAGAGACUGUCACUCGUUACCGGUGGUGAAAUUGCGAGCACGUUCGACAGACCAGAUCUAGUCCAACUUGGCAAAUGCGACUUGAUCGAGGAAAUUAUCAUUGGCGAGGACAAGCUCAUAAAAUUCUCUGGUGUGGCGGCGGGCGAAGCCUGCACUGUUGUGCUACGUGGUUCAACCAGUCAGAUGGUCGACGAGGCCGAGCGUUCAUUGCAUGAUGCGCUUUCUGUCUUAUCGCAGACGGUCAAAGAGACACGGAUUGUCUUGGGUGGUGGAUGUUCUGAAAUGUUGAUGAGCUGUGCUGCAGAGGAGGCUGCGCGGAAGGUUAAGGGGAAGAAGGCGAUAGCUGCCGAAGCGUUUAGCCGUGCGCUGAGACAAAUACCUACUAUCCUUGCAGACAACGCUGGAUACGACUCUAGCGACCUCGUUGCAAGGCUAAGAGCAGCGCAUUAUGAGGGGCAGUCAGAUGCCGGACUUGAUAUGAAUCAGGGCACGAUUGGCUCGAUGAGACAACUCGGUGUUACGGAAAGCUAUAAACUGAAGCGGCAGGUUGUCCUCAGUGCAAGUGAAGCAGCGGAGAUGAUAAUACGGGUGGAUGACAUUCUACGUGCUACGCCUCGGAGGCGUGAAGCGGUAUAA